AUGUCAUCGAAGCGAAGCAAGAGUAAAAGCAAAAAGGACAGCGAGGAGCCCGAGAUAUGUCUCUUCAAAAUCCCCAUCUCCAAACCCAAGGCCUAUAAGAAGAAGGCUGAAUUAAAAGACUUCAAAAGUGACAAAGAUAUGGAUAUAAAGGUGUUCAAUAAUGGGAUUCAAUUCUUUCCUCUGGGGAAAAAGAAACCCAAAACAACGAUCGAGUACGCCAUGCUUGACGACAUCCGAAAAGUUGACGGUUCACCGGAAUUAUUGCGAUUAAUGACUAAAACAAAAGACAAAAAGAUCUGUUAUCAAAUUACUGUCACGGAUGAAGUGAAUCGCAAUAAAUUUUACGAAUAUUUGGAUGAUAAGAAAUCACGCGCCAAAAGCCGUGACACUGAGACUGCUAAAGAGUCACCCCUGCCAAGUACUACCGUACCAGAAGAUACAGAGGACAAAAACGAGAAAACAUUAGUGACGGAAGUAACUCAUAAAACAUAUGAAGAUCCUCCAAUUAAAAGCCCUGCUUUAACACCAUCUGAGUACUCUAGAAAUCCAAAUUCAGGUAAGAACUACGAUUAUGGACCUUACAUUCAAUCGGACUACGGAAAUCAAUAUCCAAAACAAGGGUCGAUAAUUCGACAAGGAGGAAUGAAUGGAAGAAACUCUGAGGCCGCUUUCGAUAGAAAGAGGCGAUCAACUAUGUUCAACGUGGAGCAUGCUGAUGACGAUUUGAAUAGCUUUAAUGAUCGGCAACCUCGUGCUAUGCGAGGUGGAUACCCGCCAUGGGGUCCACCAUCGUCCUAUCAUAGCCGAAGCAGAAUUUCGGAGGAGCCUGAUUACAUUGACGAUGAUUACCAAGAUAACUAUUCAACCGAUUAUGAUUAUGACUACUCAGAGGACUCUAGAGAGACGGUUGUUGUUCGUCCUACAAAACCCCGCUCGUUGACAUUCUACACACCUUUUCUAAAAAUUCCACAGUCCAGAGUCCCAUUUUACUCCUAA